CAUCGAUCGUGCUACGACACCGACACCUAUGGGCGAGUAGUAACAUCAUUGGCAGUUUUCACUCAAAAAAUGACCACUAGAUGGCGCGACGACUGAUUAGUAUACAUAUUUGUCACUAGAUGGCCCCUCAUAAUUAAAUUGCAAUCACGAUACGGUCUCGGUUGGUCGGUGAGUCAACAGCCAAUCCAUCACGCAUAGCGUAGCACCGUCGCCGCGCCGGGUUGUUUUGUAUUCGUCGAACGUAAUCGCUGGAGUGGAGUCGUACGGAAUGUGCGACGGUAGUGCACGAUCACGACAAUGCGCCGCGAAAAACGCUAACAUUCCCGCGCUUGUGCAUUAGAACUUGUGCAAAACAGUGUGAAUUGGUUGUUGUACGAGAGAAAUUUGUGUAAAUUAUUCAGUUUAUGUAACAAACAGUUUGUGUUAUUUUUGAACUGGAUUUCUUGUGAAUAAAUAAUUCGAGUUUACUUAAUUUGAAGGUCCAACUGAUAUAUUUUCCGCGAAAGCUACAGGAUGUCCAAUUUUCAACGAACCCGCAGCAAGGUUUGGUGGGGUGAUUCACCGCCGCACUUAGGAAGUCCGGUGGCCCAGCCCGAGUGGAACCGAAACAAUCGCGCUCAUAAUGAGAAUGAGUGGGAGCCGCAGCUACCUCACUGGAUCGCCAAUCAACCUGAAGAACAAAGGAACAAUGUCGCCGAUCCGAUCGCGCCACCCGUACAGAUUAACCAAUGGCCUCUGCGCCAUGGGAGUCCUGGCAGUCACAAGAGCCAGGAUUCUGGCUUCUCGGAUUCAGACAGCUCACCUCCUCCCUCACAGUAUUAUCAAUCACCAGAAGCUGCUGACAGUAACAAGUCCUCUAGCAGUAGCGAUUCAAAUAACAACGAAAACAUCACUGUGAAGCAAGCUGCAGAUUUUCAAAACACAUCGCAGAGUAAAGAUGUCAGCAAUGUGCUGGUUGACAACGUCAGUUGCGGCAUGCCUACACCGAAGCCCAGGCUUCGAAGCAGCAGUGUCAUACAGACGCCGUACGACUUGCAGAAGUACUGCGAAAUACACCGCGACGAGGAACAUUUAGAACUAUUCAAAGACAAAGAUACAGAAAACCGAACGGAACAAAAAUAUCCAAGUCCGAAAAACAACAACAUUGACAAAGCAAAUAAAGAAAACUUAAAUAAAAAUAAUUUAAGCAAUAAGGUUAACACUAAACCUAAGGUCAAAAUCGACAAUAAAAUAGAAAUAAAAGUCGCUCCUCCGAAUAACAUAAGUUCUAAAGAAAGUAAUAUUACUCAUAAAAGUGCAAUAUUAAAAGAUACCAAAGACGUACCAGAUAAAAAUAUUAACGUUAUAAGUCCAUCCAAGAAGUAUCCCGUCAAGAAGGCGUUUAUAUCCAGUACGGAAAGCGACAGCACCAAAGUUAGUAAAGUAGCUAAAGUAAAGGAUUUGGAGACUAGUAAGAACAAAUCUGAUGAGAGUCUAGAAUACUUAAAACUAGAGGACAAUAACCAAAUAGCGGUUAACAAUCAACCGAGAGUGCGGACACCAAUAUCCAACGUAUCUUACGUGCCCACUGAGAGAAUACCAACAUCCAAGGUUGAGUACCAUCGGAGCCAUUCUAACGAAGACAACAUCCCUAUAUCCACAACACCGAAAUUCCAAAGAAACAGACUGAACAAAUCAUUAAACUUCGAAGCGCAGAGGUUAGACCAGCAGAUACUCGACAUCCAUGAAGGUUAUCAUUCAUUAGGAUUCAUUGAUGAGGAAGCCAUCCCUAACAAUGAAACCAUUCCAGAGCAGGAACAAGUACAUAAACCGGCGAAGGCUAUACUAGGCAAGAAUAUAAUGGACAGUCUCCAUUUAAAACCUAACAAAAAAGUAGGUCCGAAAUCUAAACAGCGUAUGGCUUCUAAAGGCGAUAGAACUAAGGAAUUGUUUAGAAUAUUCCCAAAGAGGGAGAAGCCAGGCUUGGUGGAGAGUCACGCUGGAGGUCAUCUCAACGGGAGUCGGGUACCAUGCCUCGGUCUGCCGAGAGCUAAAGACCAGGAUUCGUGGGUAAUCGUCGGCUAUCCCGAGGAGAUGUUGAUACCGCAUUACAACGAGAGACUAGUCGCUACAGAAAGCGAAUUAAAUCUCAAAGCGAAAGAUAAACCAGAGGAAGAUUAUCUCAAAAAUGGUAGAGUUACUCCACCGCCUCAGUUCCAAGAUAAGCAGAAGACUCCUUAUGAUGCUAACUCUAAGACGAACAAGAACUUGACGCAUGACUCCAAGAGGGAGAAGUUAAAAGGGGAGCUGGACUUUGUGGAUGUCCAGCUGAACCCCGCGUGUACCUCCACACCUAAGAUGCUAACUCCACACCAGUUCAUGGAUGAACCCAAAAGCGAAAGGCGAAGCACUCGGAGAGUCAAUUUAUUGGAUAACUUUAAUAACAGCAAUCAUUCCAGAAUAGUUCUGAACAAUCAAAAUGAGAUCCUCUACCGCGAGAGAUCUAUAGACCAAACCUCCUUAGAGCGACUAUGCGAGAGGAAACCUGAACCAGUGCAGUACUGGUUGUGUGACCUGGUGGGGUCUUGUGAGAACGAGUGCAUGACCACUCUGCAGAGCAAACCUUUAGGUGCUGAGAUGAAAGCUCUCGUGUCUGCCAGCUCAGCUACCAUCACUGGCAACAUUAAGAAGGUGCAAACACACGGGCAGAUUAUUGUACAUCAGUAUAGUGAUGUUUUAAGGCAAAUUGAGUCUGGGCAAUCGAGUGAGGAGCAAAUAUGUUUGCUUGUGGCGAACAUCAACGAGUUUGUGUUGGCUCACAGCAUCACUCUGAACACUAAACCACCGGGGGAGACGCCAGAGAGGUGGGACAAGAUAAAGAAGUCCCUACAGAUGUACUUACAGAAGUUGAUAGAAGUAGGAGAAGAUAUAAAGGUGGAGUUGAAUGAGAGUAACGCGGAGUGGAAACUGGUGAUGAAACAUUUAGACACGUUGGUUGAGAUAUUCUUGGAGACCACGAAGGCUGUGCUUGUUCAGCAGAUGAAGACCCUGGUAUCCAUAAUAGAAGAGCCACCAUCAGACGUGAUCCUCAAAAGCACGUUGACCUCCAUCGGGCACCUAGCCAUGUUGAGUGACACUACGGAGAGCGCUCUUCAUGAGAAGUGCCUCAAAGUCAUGAAGAACAUCACAGAGCUGCCGUUCGUUGACUGUGCGGUACCGAGAGCGCUGUUGACUGCGAUCAUUGAGUCUAAUAAGAGUUCUAUCAAAGCGCUGUCUUUGAGAGCUCUAGCUACAGUCUGCGUUACUGGUGAAGCGGUGAAACAGUUUGAAGAGGGAGGUGGCAUAGAGAUAAUAUCGGACAUACUAUCAGACCGCUCGAACCCCGAGCCUCAGAUGCGCGAGGCCAUCACCGUGCUUACUCAGAUCACAGCGCCCUGGCUGCGCGGACACUACGACCUCACGCAGCUACACGUCUACCUACAGACCAUCGUCGACAAUAUUACUGGUAUUCUCUCGCGCACGGACUGUUGCCAGCUGCUGCUGCUCUGCACAGCGUGUCUCGUCAACCUGGUGCGGGAGCUGGAGUUGGAGCGAAAGGACGAUGACGUCACACCCAAGUCUGAUAUAGUUGAAGUGUUCACCAAGCACAAGACUGUUGAACGACUGCUCGAUGCUGUCAAACGCAGAGGACCUAACAUCUCCGUGUUCUUACAAGAGCAGACGGCGUCCCUCCUGGCGUCGCUGUCGCGCGCGCCGCGCAGCCUGCUGUCGCUGUCGCGGCUGGCGGCGGUGAGCGCGGCGCUGGUGUGCUUCUCGCGGCCGCCGCCCGCCGCCGCCGCGCGCGCCGCCGAGGCCCGCGCGCAGGCCCGCCUGCACUGUCACGCCGCUGAGGCCAUCGCACGGCUAUCAGUGAUGCCGGACGUGGCGCAUCAGAUCGUCCAGCUCGAGGGAGUUCCGCUCCUUACCAAGCUGGUAAGGCUGCAGCGAACCCGGCCGCACCUGGAGACCAACCCCGACCAGACCCUCAUCCACUGCCUCAAGGCAUUGCGCACCAUAUACAAACACAACCCCACGGCAUUUGACAACCAGAAGGAUCUUGAUGAAAUGGUCAGGCCUCAUCUGAUGGAGUCACUUAUGUUGUUCUCUGCUAAACAAGAGAGCUACGUUUAAGUCUAUUUUCAGGUAGACCAACGUAACUUGAAUUCUCAGUUGACAGCUAUACGAAAACAAUAAUUGUGGAUUCAAUUACUCAGGGGUCUUCUAGGAACUGGUCAUGGAUAAUACAUAGUCCAUAUAGUGGUAUUAGAUACCGAAAAAAUAUGAAUAAAAUUUUAUGAAAUGAAAUUAUUCGACAUUAUAGCUGUGUCGUACCUUUUAAAGAGAAGGUGUUUGUUUACUUUUCAACUCGAAUAAUGCUCGCGAGACUGAAUAACUAAAGUAUUUAGUAUCUACUUGAUAUUAAAAAGUACCUAAAUGAAAUUUCUGAUAUAAUCGAUUCAAUUACUUAAUCGACUAAUAAUCGAGAAAUCGAUUGAAAACAUCUAAUCUGAUUCGAUUAAAAUUCAAUUCGACAAAUGACAUUCUCAUGCGCUAAUUCCUUUAUGCGUUAUUAUAAACGUUUGUUUAUCAAUAUUUUUUAUGGUUUUGUAAAUUAAGAUUGCCAUACAUUCCACUUGGUGUAAAAGUGUUGCUGUAUAUAAAAUUCUAAUGUUGAAAUUGAGCACUAAGUACAUACAGCUUUGUAUAUAUCGCAGUACUUAUCUACUUUUAUUUUUAGUAUUUAUCUUGAAUAGUUUAGUCCAGAGGCCAUACUAUCGUGAAAUUACUUUUACUAGUCCUUACUCAUUCGUAUACUUAAUAUAUUACCUUUUAGUGUUAGUUUAAAUCAUGAGUACUGUAAUGCCUAACAUUAAAAACGACUUUGAAGAAACCUAUUGUACAUAAAAAGUGGAUUAAAAACAGUAAGUUUUAAAUUACAAACAUUGACUUCAACACCAUUUAGCGGGAAAUUUAAGGAGACAGACCUAACUCUACAUUAAAAAAACAAACAAAAAUACUUUUAACAAUGACUCACUGUUUUAUCCGAUUAACAAAGCUAGGAAAUUAGUUUUUUUUAUUGUCAUGUAUUACAUCGAUCCAUUUCGUAUCACACCAGUUCUGUCAUGACAACACUCAUAGUAUUACACCGUCGAUACCACCAGUAACUUUAUUGUAAACUAGUAUUAGUGAAAUACUUACACGUAUACGUACUGUAAAGAUAUUACGAUAUGCGGCGCGCGCCACUGUUAACUGUUUAUAAUAAAGUAUAUAUCGAUUU